ACUAUUUAUGUGGUACGUUUAGAAACUGUAUCCGGACGAACGUAAUUUACUGCUGAAAUAAUGUAAUAUUUCAGACCAAAUUAUUGGUCUUAUACUUGAUCAUAAUUAUAGCCAUUUUAUUUAUUUCGCGUUACUCUGUAUUUAUUAAACAUUGGGUUCAAUUUAGUUCUCCUAGUAUUGUCAUGGAUUGUACACUCAAAGAUUAAAUUUAGAUCGUUCUUCAUUAUAAACUCUAUAGUGACCGUGUGCGUACUACAUUUUGACCUGCGGUUUGAAAUGGAUGUUUGAGUUAAAUAUUACACACAUUUAGAUCCACGUAAAGGAUCAAGACUGAUUUUAACCAUCUGAGGCCACAGGCAACUAUUUAAACAUUGAGACCUUACAAGUGACUAAAGAUGGACUCCAAAUUCUCCGGCCUACCCGACCUACGGACCAUACAACCUGGUAGACUCAUUAAGUACCGCAUCAGCGACGAUGGUUUUGCUGCAGAGCUACUGCUUCCGGGUUUAACGUAUACAGACUUUGACCAGAAGAUUGGAGGUAAAAUAGGAUUGUGGAAUUUUGCAAAAAUACUGGAAUCCGUGCGGGCUUUGUGUCUGCGUAAUUUUAUAGGACCAAUGCUAUUCUCCAGGGAAUCAACAAUAUUUCUCGCAACCCAUUCAUUUGAGGUGACACAGCAGUACCAUUCCAAUUUUUCUUAUGAGAAAUCGUUCGGCAUGGACAUGCCAAUGCGAUUCUCGUUCUAUAUCUCCGAUGUUGGCAGGACGUCAUUCACUUCAGCCAUUGAAUGGCGAGAUUACGUAACUGAAAGGUUGUUAGUGAAAUUGGUCUCAAAAUCCGUUCAUGUAAGCAGGAAAACUAGGAAGCCGAUUCCUAUCCCUGAAUGGGUGUCAAAGGGAAUAGAAGAUCAUUUGAAGUUAGUAGCUAACCCAAAGAAACUUCAGAAGUCUGACCCUUUGGUAAUCCCAACAACAGCCUUCAAGUACAAGGUCAAAACUCUACAGAGCGACUGCGAUUCAAACUUCCAUAUUAACCAGGCGACAUACUUGAGAUGGUGUUCCGAUGCUUGGUCAGCAGCGGCUCUAGCUGGCAACUUGAAAAAUUACAACAAACACAUAGAACGAUAUUGUAUUAAAACAAUGGAUACCCAUUACAUUGGUGAGGCGUUGGCCAAUGACAUCGCAGUGGUCAAUGUUUGGGAGGAUGACCUGGAUAGUCGGAAACUCAUUUGUGCAAUACAAGUGAACGCAAAAGUCAUCUUUACGAUGCGCAUAGAUUUUCAUGACAUACCACCAAUUGCUGUUUCACCACAUUUGGUUUCAAAGUUAUAAUUAAGUACUAGAAUUAGAUGUUUCCACGAGGAAAGAAAAGAAACUGUGAUACAUUUGUAACACAUAUAUUUGAACGACAUGAGGAGUCACGUAUUCAUUUUUUUUUACAGAAUUGUGGUGUGGUGUGGUGUGGUGGUGGUCGUAGAAAACCAUUUCGUGACACCAAUGGGCUUAAUGUACAUGUAUAAACAAAUAGUGCUUACGGAUUUGCCACUGACUAGAUUCAUCCGCUACGAACUAUCCUUCAAAGGUCCUUUUAAUAACGUGUAAAUCCCGCUCAAUACCAAAUGAAAAUCAUUUUUAUGUCGUU